AUGCACAGGUUUUUGAAUUGGAAUUCGGGAUCCGAGCAUGAAGCGGGAUACGACGCUUUCAUGACUGGAUGCGUCUUUUCACAGGUGUGCUCCAAUUUAGGAGUCGAUUUUAAUUCCAAUGAUUUUCCCCAAAACGAGAAGCUUCAAAAAUACGUUAAUCAUUUAUACCUCAGCUGGGUGAAUGGGGACCUAAUUGAUCUAACAACAGGGAAAGUCGCAACCAAAAAUCUAGUUGCCUCAAAAGCGAAGUGCAACAGCUUUGUCUUUUCGGAUAUGAUUCUUCUGUGGGGCUUAUUGCCGACCCUGAGAGCAAAUGAUAUCAGAGCUAUUCUUAACAAGGUUUUCGGGUCGAGCUCUAUCAAGACAAUCUACCAUUUGGACGAGACUGCGGCUUUUGUUGAGUUCAGUAAAGCAGAAUUUGUGUCUGAAUUUCUCAAAUUGAAAGAUAAAUUGGAAAUGGGUAAAAACCCGAUCUCUAUCUUGCACCCCUUGUCGAUAAUUUUGUAA